GUCCCUAAUGUGCCGAAAUCAUUAGCUGUAGAUGACAUUCGCUGGCUGAUUGUGUGUGUUGAGCCUGCAAUGGACUGCUUCUUUGUAGUGUUGUAUUUGUUGCUUCAGUGUAAGCUAAGUGCUGAAUGUGAGUCUGGGCGUUAUGGAACCGACUGCCUUGGAAGAUGCAGUGAGGGUUGUGAUGGUGGCUGUGGCAAUGAAGACGGACGAUGUACCUGUAAACCUGGCUGGUUAGGAACCUACUGCACACUGACAUGUCCACCUGGCUUCUAUACGGAAGGAGACGCAUGCACAGAGUGUGGAGAUGGGUGUGAGGGUGGAGUGUGUGACGCUGCUGACGGUGGUUGCAGCUGUGCACCAGGCUGGGCAGGUCGUGGCUGCACGUUAGAGUGCAUGGAUGGCUACUACGUGACGGACCAAGGCUGCGUGAAGUGUGGUGCAGGAUGUGAGGGGGGAGGGUGUAACGCUACAGACGGUAACUGUCCUUGCAGAGCUGGCUGGACAGGAAGUGGCUGCAGCAAAUGCAAGGACGGCUUUUACAUGGACGGACACAACUGUACGGAGUGUGCUCCUGGGUGUCAGGGGGGAACCUGUAACGCUACUGACGGAAGCUGUUCGUGUAGAGCUGGCUGGACAGGAACUAACUGCACAUCACUUUGUACUGAGGGAACAUAUGGACUAGACUGUACAGAGGAGUGUAGCACAGGAUGUACACCAGGUUCCUGCCACCACAUCACCGGUGACUGCAACAACCAGUGUAAAGACGGAUGGACAGGUCCCAGUUGUGAACACAUUUGUAUUGACGGAACAUACGGACGAGGCUGUAUAGGGGAGUGUAGCGCGGGAUGUACACCAGGGUCCUGCCACCACGUCACUGGUGACUGCAACAAUCAGUGUAAAGACGGAUGGACAGGUUCACGUUGUGUAGAACGGUGCGGAGAUGGGUUCUAUGUGGAUGGAGACAGCUGUAUGGACUGCGGGGCUGGGUGUGUUGAUGAGACAUGUAAUUCUGCUAACGGUAGCUGUAUCUGUAGAGAUGGAUGGGCAGGAAGUGAUUGCAAUGAAUGCAAGGACAGCUUUUACAUGGACGGACACAACUGUACGGAGUGUGCUCCUGGGUGUCAGGUGGGAACCUGUAACGCUACUGACGGAAGCUGCACCUGUAGAGAUGGCUGGACAGGAACUAACUGCACAUCACCUUGUGAUGCCGGAACAUAUGGACGAAACUGUACAGAGAAGUGUAGCACGGGAUGUAAACCAGAAUCCUGCAACCACAUCACCGGUGACUGCAACGGCCAGUGUAAAGACGGAUGGAGGGGUCAGAGAUGUGAACAUCUCUGUGGUGCCGGGACAUAUGGACGAGACUGUAAAGGGUUUUGUAACACGGGAUGUAAACCAGGGUCUUGCCACCACGUCACUGGAGACUGCAACAGCCAGUGUAAAGACGGAUGGACAGGUCAGAGAUGUGAACACAUUUGCAUUGACGGAACAUACGGACGAGACUGUACAGGGGAGUGUAGCGCAGGAUGUAAACCAAGGUCCUGUCACCACGUCACCGGUGACUGCAACGGCCAGUGUAAAGACGGAUGGACAGGUCCUCGUUGUGAAGAGCAUACCGAGCUAGUGGAACACGAAGAGCCAGAUAUCGCAUCUCCAAAAAUAUUUAUCUGGAUCUGGAUCAUCGCAAUUGUGGUUUUGACUUUAGCUUUUCUGGCUUUCCUGAACAGGAAAUCCCUUGCGUCCUUGUGUGCAAGGUCCAGAAAGUCGGGAGAUACCUCGGACAUCCAACCCCCUUUAGAACAAGCCUCACAGGAACCGCCGAGCGUCGGACAACAAUUGGAACACUGUCCCGAAUAACUACAAGAGCCGCUAAUGCGGUGAAAAAACAAUAUCAGAGACCAGAGAUCUUUGGCAAUAGCAACGCCUAUGGGUCAAUCCAGUAGUCGCACUGAGAACAACGUGAUUAUUUCUGAACUUAAAUUUAUUUUAAAUUGUUUCACACUCAUAGCUCAACAUAGGCCCAUGCUCCCAACCAAAUACAUGCACUGUCUGUUUGUUUGUGUGUUGUUUAACGCCGCACAAUAUUCCAGCUAUGACGGCGAUCUGUAAAUAAUCGAGUCUGGGCCAGACAGUCCCGUGAUUGACAUCAUGAGCAUCUAUCCACGCAAUUGGGAUACGAUUACAACAAACAAACAAAAGCCAGGUGUAACAAGUGAACAUGUUGUUCCUGCAUGCGCGACUCACACAAUUUGCAUAAACAUGAGACUGUUGCCUGACGCCGUACAGCAUACAUUACUCCUGCAAUGCGACGUCGACCUUUAAACAAACCAGGCAAUCAAGUGAUGGAUUUAAAAACCCACACGAUACCAAUGCUCCUGGUCUGAGUGCUGAAGCUGCGAGAUGUCGGUUAUCGACUCAGAACACAACGGUGUUGUAUGAAUUCGUUAGUCAAGACAUCCACCUUUCAUAAUAGGUCUUCAGCAACCCAUGCUUGCCGUAAAAGGUGACUAUGCUUGUCGCAAGAGGCGACUUACGGGAUCGGGUGGUAAGGCUCGCUAACUUGGUUGAUGCAUGUCAUC